AUGGACGGGCAGCUCCUUCUGGCAUUUUUUGAUGGAAGCCAUCUGGUUAAGGUAUUUGACUUGGCAGACUCUUGCAAACUGAUCUGUCAGGUGGACAUUCCUGCAGAUGAAACUCCUGUUCAUAAAAAUUACUCCAUACUGGUCUCUAAAAAUUCAGUGAAAGACUACAUUGUGUUCGCCUACAGGAGUGGGAAGGAAGCCAUGGUGCUGAGUGCCAGACGAGGGGCUGUUGUUGCCAAACUCACUGCUCAAGAUCCAGUAGCUUCAGUACAGGGUGUGGCUGUAACCAAGGAAUAUUUCCUAGUCAUCUGCAGGUAUCCAUCGCUGAAAUCACAUGACAUAAUUCACAUUGAGCUGUUCAGUGUGAAUACGUUUGCAUAUAUUCGCACUGUGAAAGGCUGUGGCAAUGACUUCAUCACCAAGUUUUCAGUAAACCAUCAAGGAUCUCAUGUGGUUGCUUUUUCUUGCCUG